AUGAGUGUAUCGAUCGUAGAAGCGCAGCGCGAUGUGCUGCUCAGCACCAUCCACCGCAUCACCAGGGGCGAUUGGAAGGUGAUGGUCGUCGACCGAGAAAGCCGGCGACUAAUCGACAAUGUCCUCGAAGAAGACGCCAUUCUCAACGAAAACAUUACGAACAUCGAGGAUAUCACUGAUCGCCGACCCACCAAUCGUGAUGUGGACGCCCUUUACUUCCUUACCCCCAAAGAGCACAUUGUGGACUGUCUCAUGGCCGACUUUCAAAAAAGGAAAUAUCAUAGAAGUCAUCUUGUCUGGACCGCGCUAUUACGACCUUCAUUACGAGAGCGAAUCGACCAAUCUACAAUAGCUCGCGAGCAAAUCGCUCAAUUCACCACGCUCAACGUCGAGUUCUUUCCACGCGAAUCCCACCUCGUCACCUUUCGAGACCCUUGGAGCUUUCCCAUCCUCUUCCACCCGGCAUGCAAUCAUUUGGUAAGGCAACAUAUGGAAGAUGUCGCGCAGAAGAUCGUUGGAGUCUGUGUGGCGUUAGGAGAAUACCCAACUAUUCGCUACUACCGCCCCGCCGCACCAACACACGAAGCCAGCAUCCUCUGCUCUCAUCUCGCGCGCUUCGUCCAGGACGAGCUCGAUCUCUAUGCCAAAUUCCACAACGACUUUCCCCCGCCUUCGUCACAGACUCGACCGCGAGGGGCGCUGUACAUUGUCGACCGCAGCAUGGAUCUGUUCGCUCCGUUCGUGCACGAGUUUACCUACCAAGCCAUGGCGCACGAUCUCUUGCCGAUCAAAGACGGCGACACCGUGACCUUUCGCACCACCAUCAACGAAGGUCAGCGCGACCAAGAAGAGAAGGAUAUCCCCAUCACAGAGAAAGAUCGGAUAUGGACGGAGAAUCGGCACCGUCACAUGAAAGACGUGAUUGAGAAGCUUAUGGCGGACUUUCAGAAAUUCCUCAAGGACAACCCCAACUUCACCACUAAGAGCGGAGAGGAGGCUGUGGGUGGCAGGAACGGGUUGAAUGCUAUCAAAGACAUGAUGGCAGGGUUGCCGCAAUUUCAGGAAUUGAAGGAAGCGUACGCGCUCCACCUGGGCAUGGCGCAAGAAAGUAUGAAUCGAUUCCAGCGGUUCAAGCUUUCCGAUAUCAGUGCGGCCGAGCAAACAUGCGCCACCGGUCUUGACGAAGACUACAAGCGAUCCAAACAUCUGGCCGACCAAGUCGUGCGACUAUUGGACGAGGACGGCAUCUUACCCCCGGACCGCUUGCGCCUUCUCGUCCUCUACCUCCUAUACAAAGACGGCCUGCUCCCCGCCGACACGCAGAAACUCCUCGCACACGCUCAACUCCCGCCCUCCGACCAACACAUCAUCUCUAACCUCGAACUCGUCGGCGCCCGCACAACACGCCAACUUAAAGAUCCCCGGCCUCCUCCACCGCCUCUCUUCCCCCGCAAACCCAUCCCGCAACAAGGCGCGCAAGAAGAAGUGCUCAUCAGCCGCUACGAACCCGUCCUGCAACGCCUCCUCGAAGCUCACUGCACCAACACCCUCGACCCCAACACCUUCCCUUACACCAAACCGCCCCUCGACCUCGAGGACUCCUCCAUGCGUCCAAGCCUGACGGCCACCUCCUCCCUCCGCUCCGUCAACAAACCCACCUGGGCCCGCUCCCGCACAGCUCCCUCCACCGAAAACCGCCAGCGCGUCAUCGUCUUCGCGGCAGGCGGCGCCACUUACUCCGAAAGCCGCGCCUGCUACGACGUAGGCCGCGCCGCGUCUAAGGAGAUCUUCCUCGUCACGAGCCACAUGCUAACGCCUGCCCUCUUCAUGCGGCAAAUCGCGGAUCUGUCUGCAGAUCGCAGGCGGCUAGGUAUCCCCGCCGAUGCGCCGAAGGAGAAGGCGCCAGCGCAUUUAUUUGAGGCGGAUGGGCCUCCGCCCGCUCCGGUUGGAGUCGCGCAGCCCCAGCAGCCCCAGCAGCAGCAGCCGCAGAGACAGGCUCAGCCGCAGCCCCAGCAGGUGCAGAUGCCUACGCAAGCGAUGGCGGGUAUGAAUCUGAAUGGCGCGGGAGGUGGUACAAGUGGAAGACUCAAUGGUGCACGGCCAAUGCCCGGUGAUCCUACUAGCGGGAACGCGGCGAGUCAUCAGCAGACUGGCCCGGCGAAGUUGACGAAAGAGGAGCCAAAGAAGGAGAAGAAGAGGCAUAAGUUUGGCUUUGGGAAGUAG